AUGGAGCGCCGCCGGGUGAGCCCGCCGCAGCUCGGGGCGAUCUAUUCCCAGAACAGCGGGGGGAACUGCGUAGUCUGGGGCGGCGACGGGGCGGAGCUGCGCGCGGCCUCCAGCUCCGCGGGCGAGCCGCUUCGUUCUGGAGAGCGCACGCAGCUGUCGGAUACUUAUUGCAGCGGGCAGGGCCAGACCUGCGACUGCAACUACUGCGACGAUUUCAGCGAGAACUCGUGCUGUGCGAACACCUGCAGGGUCAUGGACGGCAUCGUCAUGUCUCCGCGCUGGUGGAGCCCGUGGGCUGCCAAUUGA